AUGUUUUUUGAUCAUUCUUUACAGACUACAACGGAACCAAUUGUGGUAUUGGAUUCCGACGGCGAUGAUAGUGAGCCCUCCAAAAAUGUACUGAGUUUCGCCGAGUUUAAGGCUGGGAUUUCAGCAGCUUUAGGACAGAUCUCUGAGAUGUCCAUACACAGACUUUACGAUGAUUUUCUAUACUCUGCGCAUCCUCUAGAGAAGGCAGCCAAUGCAUAUUUGGAUAGUCCGGAUGUUUAUCAGAUCACUGCUACGAAACGCAAGCAAUAUGUUCCUGAUAUUCAGUAUAAAAAGAAGCCCAAGACUUCUGAGAGCACUUGGCAACGAUAUAUUGGCACUAUAGAAAUCGACUGUUGGUGUACAAGAACUACACUUGGCUCUGCAAGCAUAGGCGAAACUAAAUAUGUCACUGUGACUCACCCGGGUCAUUUUGAGGUGGUUUAUGUGGACCAACUGGAUGAGAAAACAGGGUACAAGCGAGAGAUCGGUCGAUUUAACGAGUCAGCAGCUCACAGUGUCGGACUGUUGCUUCAAGGACAUUACAUAGACUUGAUAUUGGAUCCUGUUUAUCUUCCUGAUGGUAUCUUACACAUAGGAGAUACUUUUAUAAUGCAGGCAGAUUGCUUUGUGACAUCAGUUUUGUUUCCAGAGAGUGUGAGUUCUCAAGCUGAUGCAUUUACUAGGGCAUUCUCCGGGUCCAAGGGUGACAAGAGUCUCGAUGAUGCGACGAUUGGACGUCGCUCUGGUGUUUUAAGGCUGUUUGACUUGGUUCAGUUGCAAUCUCCACAGCUGAAUAAAGGUCAUAAAGUGGUAUCUUUGGGGCAGAACUUAGAACUCGACCAACUUAGAGACUUGUACAAGUCAACGCAGUCAAAUUCUUUGGAAUCGCAGCUUCCUGAAACCGAACCAUGUGAUUUCAAUUUAACUCUAAGACCUUAUCAGAAGCAUGGACUUAGCUGGAUGCUUCAACGUGAAGGAGAGCUGGAAGAGGUGAAAUCAGAUACUAAAGAUGAUAAUGAGGUGAUUAAUCCUCUAUGGAGAGAGUAUCGUUGGCCCAUUGCUCCCAAGCGAAUCACCAAACUGGUUGGCGAGAGAGAUGGUGACAGUAAUUCGUUCUAUUUGAACCUAUACGAUGGCAGCUGUUCAGUUGAGAAACCUGUUAUUAGGUCGGAUUGUAUGGGAGGGAUCUUAGCUGAUGAAAUGGGACUUGGUAAGACCAUCACCACGUUAUCUUUAGUGCUUAAAUGUCCGAUGGAUAGUGUGGAUACGCAUAUUUUACCUAAUUAUGCUUAUGGAACAACUCUUAUCGUUGUUCCUAUGGCGUUAUUAUCUCAAUGGGAGAAAGAGUUCAAUCGAGUCAAUAAUAAAAUCAAAAAUAGAUGCUUUAUCUAUUAUGGAGCAGACACUAUAGAUAACCUCAAAGGUUUGCUCUGUCAGAAAGGUGUGAACGUUCCUCCAACGGUUAUAUUGACUACUUAUGGUACGAUUCAAAGUGAGUGGUCAAGAUUAGAAACUAGAUCUCAGGUUCAGGGUCUCUUUUCAGUUAAAUUCUUUAGGAUUAUUCUAGAUGAGGGUCAUACCAUCAGAAAUAGAUCCACCAAAACGGCUAAAGCUUCAUACUCAUUGAAGGCCUCGAGAAGAUGGCUUCUUACAGGUACUCCAAUAGUGAAUAGACUAGAGGAUUUGUACUCACUGAUCCGAUUUCUUGAAUUUGAACCUUGGGCCAACCAUUCUCUAUGGAAGCACUUUAUCACGGCACCUUUUGAGACUGGUGAAGACCUUCCUUUGGCCUUCAAUUUGCUCAAAUCAAUUCUUGAUCCUAUUUUACUAAGACGAACCAAGAAUCAAAGGGAUAAGAAUGGAAAACUAUUGGUAGAAUUGCCUCCAAAAGAGGUGGUUAUCGAAAGGUUGAGGUUCAACGAGAAGGAAGAAGUGAUUUACAACUGGUUGAAGGAACGUGCCGUUAGUACUUUGAACGAGAACUUUCGAAGAGGACUGUUGUUGAAGAAUUACUCUUCGAUUUUAACACAUCUUCUUCGUCUUAGGCAAGUGUGUGAUCAUAUAGACCUAAUCAAGUCUCAAGAUCAGGGUGAUCCUGAUGCUGAAGAUAAGGUUGUACAGCAGUCUAUCACUAAUGAAUCUGAUGAGGAAGCACUUGCUCUGAUCAGGGAGAUUGAGGUUAAGGAGGCUAAGGGUAAAAUGAGCAUUGAAGAGAUGAAGAAGAUUAAAGUAGAUAUCUAUUCACUCUAUCCCACGUUGGAAGGGGUGGAAUGUUCGAUUUGUACUGGACCUAUCGACAUCAAAAGCUGUGUCAUAACAGAAUGUAAGCAUUGCUUCUGUGUGGGAUGUCUUAAAGAGCAUUUUGACUUUCAGGAGAGUCACGAUAAGGAGCAAGUUCUAUGUCCUAUGUGCCGAUCAGAAAUCAAGAAAAGCCGUCUUUUUAGGACGAUUGCCAAGCAGUUUGUAAGGGGAAACGAUGAAAAAGCAGACGUGUUAUUAACCCAGGUAUACGAAGUGGAUAGAAACUAUCUUGUGAGAUCUUUUGAUCCUUACGGUAAGUCUUCGAAGAUCAAUGCACUUAUUUCACAUCUAGAGCAGAUCAAAGAGGAGUCGCCGGGUGAUCAUGUGAUUGUCUUUUCACAAUUCACGAGCUUCUUGGACAUUGUUGAGGAGGAAUUGGGAAAAUAUGGAAAUGACUUCCACGUUUUGAAGUUUGACGGGAGAUUAGGAAUGGAGCAGAGGACCAACGUUCUUAAGAGCUUUGAAGAUGAUGAUGUCAAAGGCAAAAAUAUCAGCGUGUUGCUAAUCAGUCUUAAAGCAGGGGGUGUUGGUUUAAACCUUACUGUGGCUUCUAAAGCAUUUCUAUUGGAUCCCCAUUGGAAUAAUGCAGUGGAAUUUCAAGCCAUUGAUCGUCUACAUAGAGUGGGACAGACCAAAAGUGUGAAGGUGAUUAGAUUUAUCAUGCAGGACAGUAUUGAGGAAAGAAUGUUGGAGAUUCAGCAGAAGAAGAAUAGACUAGGAGAAGCACUUACAUUGAAUGAUGAGGAGAGAAGAAAGAAGCGUAUUGAGGAGAUCCAGAGUUUAUUCAAAAAAUGA